AUGCCAGAUGAACAAUCAAAGCCUGUGCCAAUUGCUAUCAUUGGCAUAGGCUGCAGAUUUGCAGGCGAUGCUACCAGUCCCUCAAAGCUCUGGGAAAUGCUUGAAAAUGGACGCAGUGCCUGGAGCGAGAUUCCAUCAAGUCGAUUCAAUAUCGACGGAUGGUAUCAUCCCAAUUUUGAAAACAUCAGCACAACAAAUGUUCGAGGUGGCCACUUUCUGAAAGAGGAUCUGGGCUUCUUCGAUGCACAGUUCUUUGGUCUUUCUGCAGAGACGGCCGCUGUAGCUGGUCUCGCUCUAGAUCAAAUUGCUGGAUCGAAUACAUCUGUAUUCUCCGGCGCAUUUUUUCACGACUAUCAAGAUGGUCAUAUGCGAGAUGCCGAAAAUUUGCCCCGUUUUCUGAUGACAGGAAAUGGCGCAGCUAUGGCAUCGAACCGAAUUUCCCACUUCUUUGAUUUUCGUGGCCCAAGUAUGACUGUUGAUACAGGCUGCAGCACGACCCUUACGGCAUUGCACCAAGCAUGUCAAGGGCUUCGAUCUGGCGAUUCUGAUAUGUCAAUCGUCGGGGGAUCCAAUCUGUUGAUAAAUCCAGACUUCUUUGUGACAAUAUCUACCUUGGGAAUGCUUUCGAAAGACGGCAGGUCGUAUUCUUUCGACAAUAGGGCAAAUGGCUAUGGCCGAGGGGAAGGUGUCGCAGCCAUUGUUUUGAAAAGAUUAGACGAUGCACUCGGGGCUGGUGACCCAAUCCGAUCACUCAUUAGAGAGACGCAGCUCAAUCAAGAUGGCAAAACCGAAACGAUAACAUCACCCAGCUGCCAAGCCCAGGAGAGCCUUAUCCGCUCGUGUUACGAGAAAGUUGGCAUUAACCCAUCCUCGGUCCAGUACUUUGAAGCCCAUGGCACCGGAACCCCCACGGGAGAUCCCAUCGAGGCAAACGCAAUCGCGAGGGUUUUCCAAAACACUAGACCAAACGAUCAGCCAUUAUACAUCGGGUCUGUCAAAACAAACCUUGGUCAUACGGAGCCUACAAGCGGCCUUGCAAGUGUGAUAAAGGUGGUGCUGGCACUGGAACGAAAGGUUAUACCCCCAAGCAUCAAUUUCCAAAUACCAAACGAGCGGCUGGCACUUGAUGAAUGGAAACUGAAAGUCCCAGUGCGUUGUGAAGCCUGGCCAACCAGUUGCGACGGGGCUCGAAGGGCUUCAGUGAACAACUUCGGGUACGGUGGAGCCAAUGCGCAUGUCAUUAUGGAGGACUGGCAUGACAGCAACCCAUUAUACCUCUCCGGUGAAUCCGUGAAUCGGAACCUCAACGGUACCCAAGCUUCAGUGACACAGUCAAAGAUAUUUGUUCUGAGCGCGAGAGAUGAAAACUGCUGCAGAGUGAUGGCAUCAAACUUGAAAGCCUACAUUGAGGGUCAGAAGUCGCAUCUCGGACCCGAAACCGAGUUCCUUAAUAACCUUGCAUUCACUCUGGGCGAGCGUCGCAGUCGUUUUUCUUGGGUCUCCACUCAUGUGGGCACUACAACCUCAGAGCUUGCUGUCGAUCUCGACAGUAAAAAAGUCAACCCAGCGCGAUCUAGUGACAGACCGAAGCUUGGGUUUGUUUUCACUGGCCAAGGUGCCCAGUGGCAUGCUAUGGGAAGGGAGCUUCUCGAUGCCUAUCCCCUGUUCAAGAGCUCCAUUCUUGAGGCAGAAGCAUACUUGAAAGAGUUCGGAUGCAAGUGGUCUCUUUUAGAAGAGCUCCUCCGUGACGAAAAGACUACAAAAGUGACUGAGACUUCCUUUGGUAUGCCACUAUGCACGGCUGUUCAGAUCUCGCUGGUGCGCCUUCUCGAGGCAUGGGAUAUAACUCCCGCUGCCGUCUCCAGCCACUCAAGUGGCGAGAUUGCCGCAGCAUAUACCGUGGGUGCUAUAAGUUACCGAUCAGCUAUGGCCGCGUGUUAUAGUCGCUGCGAGAUUGCUUCAGAAUUGAGCGAUGUACAUGGAGGCAUGAUGGCAGUCGGUCUUGGUGCUCCGGAUGUACAGGAGUUAUUGCAUAAUGUGCAUGCAGGCAUUGCGACCAUAGCGUGCAUCAAUAGCCCUUCCAGUGUCACAGUAUCCGGGGAUAUUGAAGCCAUCGAUGAGUUUGAGACUAUACUGAAAAACCAGAACGUUUUUGCUCGCCGUCUUCGCGUUCGUACUGCGUUCCAUUCCCACCACAUGCAACCACUGUACGGCCCCUAUCUGAACAGCAUGCAUGAGAUCAUGGACCCCGAGGUUCGAACCUUACGCCCAAUUAUCUAUGCAUCACCCACCACUGGCACACGGAUUACAGAUGGUGCUCAGCUCUGCGAUCCCAAGCACUGGGCGGACAGCAUGGUUAGAUCAGUUUUGUUUCAGGAUUCUUUCCGUCAAAUGGCAUUGGAUCCAACCAAUGGUGACAAGAACAUCGAUAUUGCUAUUGAAGUCGGUCCGCAUGCAGCACUUUCUGGUCCUAUUGGGGAUAUUCUUCUCACCCCCGACUUCCACGAUACCAAUAUAGGAUACCUCUCAUGUUUGGUUCGCAACAGAAAUGCAGUUUCCACCAUGCAAUCACUUGCCAGUCAGUUGCUUUUGCGAGGUUAUCCCAUCAAUCUCAAUGCCAUUAACUUCCCAACGGGGAGCAACAGUCUACGCGUUCUCACUGACCUCCCACCUUAUCCUUGGAAUCACCAAGUGCGUCAUUGGGAUGAACCUAGGGCGAAUGUCUCCCAUCGAUCCAAACAAUUUGGAUACCAUGAUCUUCUUGGGUCUCCUCUUAGCGGGGCGAACCCCCUCGCCCCAAUCUGGAGACACAUUAUUAGACUGUCAGAUGUGCCCUGGGUCCGAGAGCACACUGUGCAGUCUAAUGUGAUAUAUCCAGGAGCAGGAUAUAUUUGCAUGGCAAUUGAGGCUGUGAGUCAGAUAUCUCAAGCUGCACAUCAACCCGUCUCAGGCUAUCGGCUUCGAGAUGUGGAUAUAUUACAAGCUCUCAUUGUCCCUCAAGGACCGGAUGGCAUCGAAGUCCAACUGAGUCUCAAAACCGUCGAUGAGAGAGCUAUUGGAGUCAAAGGAUGGAAAGAGUUCAGAAUAUUUUCAGUGGGGAGGCAGGACAAAUGGACAGAGAAUUGCAAAGGGCUUAUAAAUGUUGAGAUUGAGCCUACGGGGGAAGCUUCUCUCUGUCAGGGGCGGAUUGAACCAUCUCACUUCGACGCUGAUCCCCAAACUUACCCUCAACUUGUCGAGCCAGAGGCAAUCUAUGCAGCAUUGAGGUCCAGUGCCAUAUACCACGGCAAGACAUUCCAGAACAUUCAGUCCGUCAAAGUUGGCCAUGAUCGAGCAGUUUCCACUUUAGCCAUCGCAGAUGUUGCAUCAACUAUGCCGUCGCACCAUCAAAAGAGGCACGUUAUUCAUCCGACCACACUAGACUCGGUGUUCGUCUCUGCGUACGGCGCACUCCUUAGCAUAAACUCGAACCACUGCGCCUCCAUGGUUCCCAAAACGAUCAAGAGUCUCUGGGUGUCUCACAAUAUUGAAUCCAAACCCGCCCAUCAAUUCGAAUCUCAUGUCCAAGUCCUCCGUGUUGACUCCAAGAGAUUCGAAUCUAGUAUUUUCUUACAUGAUGUGCCCAAUGGUGACCCCAUUGAACCCCCAAUUUUGGCAAUAGAUGGAUUUGUUUGCCAAUCGCUAGGACAGGCCUUAUGCAACGCCUCGGGGUCCGGUGAGAUUGAUGUAUGCAGCACUGUGAAAUGGGCCCCUGAUAUCUCACUCACGGACCCACAUCUUCUGAACGAGCAAAUCAGCUCCCCCGCUAGUACAAAAGAAGAGGAGGUGAUUCUCGAUUUGAGGCGGGCUUGCUUGCAUUUUAUUCGUGAUGCGCUAGCAUACUUGACUCCCACAGAUGUUCAAAACCUCGAGUGGCAUCAUAAGAGAUUCCACACUUGGAUGAAAGUCCAGGUAGACCGUGCCGUCACUUGCGACCUAGCACCGUUGAGCUCUGAAUGGGUCAAGGAUAGCGAUAACUAUAAAAGCCGCCUAUUUGACCUUGUCCGCUCAUCCAGCGUGAAUGGAGAGGCCGUUUGUCACUUGGGGACGUGCCUAGUGGCUAUUCUCACCCAAAAGAUAUCCCCUCUGGAACUAUUGAUGGAGGGCAAGUUGCUUUACAAAUACUAUCGGCAAGCCCUUAAGUUCGAUCGAUGCAACGUCCACCUGGCGAAGCUCGCAGAACAUCUUGUUCACAAGAGCCCUCGGGUCAAAAUCCUUGAAAUCGGUGCCGGUACCGGCGGGACCACUCUUUCAUUGCUGAAUGUCAUUGGAAAUGGCAAGAAAUGCGGCUGGGGUCCAUUCGCAUCCGAAUACCAUUUUACCGAUAUAUCUUCUGGCUUCUUUGCAGAAGCUCAGGAGCAAUUCUGCGAUUGGAACGACAUUAUCAGCUACCGCAAGCUAGACAUCGAGGCGAAUCCUGCAGAACAGGGUUUUGAGUGCGGUAGCUAUGAUAUUGUCGUUGCCAAUCAGGUUCUCCAUGCGACGAAAUCUGUUGUAUCAACUAUGAAGAACGUGCGGAGCUUAUUGAAGCCCGGUGGGAAACUGUUGCUCAUGGAGAACACGAAAGAUCAGAUGGAUAUGCAAUUCGUGUUCGGCCUCUUGCCUGGUUGGUGGCUCAGCUCAGAUGAACAAAAUCUUAGUCCCAUUCUUUCUUCAGGGGAUUGGGAUGAGGUGCUCCUUUCAACGGGAUUCAGUGGAUGCGAUCUCGACAUCCACGACUGUGAUCGUGAGGAUGUGUAUACAAUGAGCGUCAUUAUGUCUACUGCCAUCGUCGAAGAUUGUGAUGCCCCGAUUCCCCCAUCAAUUGUUUUGGUUCAUGCCCCCGAUCUUUCGGGUCACGAUGAGCAUUGGAUGAGAAUACUCCAACAGCAAGUUGCUUCCAUCAACAAAGGAGGCACUGUCAGUAUUGAAUCCAUUGCUUCGGUCGAUGCCACUGGUAAAAUUGGUGUCGUUCUUGGUGACUGCAGUGGUUUUUCUCUUUCGACCCUCACAGAGACAGACUUUCACGCUAUUGUUCGCCUUGCUCUUGGCUGCAAGUCUCUUCUGUGGGUUACUAGAGGCGGGGCCAUUGAUUGUCAAAAGCCCGAAAGUGCGCUCAGUUCGGGUCUUCUCCGUACUCUUCGCCGUGAAAACUUAACCAAGACAUAUGUAUCUCUUGACAUCGACACAAGAGAUUCUACGCUGGGUGUUCGGGAUGCUUCCAUCAUAUCAAAGGUCCUUGCGGGCAUGAUAAAUGGCUCGUCAAAGAACACACGCGAUUUCGAGUUUGCAGAGCGUGAUGGCGUCAUCCUUGUUCCAAGACUGGUCAAAGACUUCGAUCGAAAUAAGUUGAUCUCAACGGAUUCCACAGAUAUUUCUACAACACUAGAAUCCAGCCAGUUCAAUACGCUUGGUGGAAGCAAUAACACGGCUUUCAAGCUGAAGAUUGACUCGCCCGGCCUCUUGGAAACAUUGUGUUUCAAUGAGAUUGCAGAGGAUGACGUUGCAAUCCUUCCAGACACGAUCGAGAUUGAACCAAAAGCCUGUGGCGUCAACUUCCGGGAUGUCAUGGCCGCCAUGGGUCAGCUCAAUGAAACAGUCAUGGGGCUGGAAUGCUCCGGUGUUGUGACUCGUGUCGGGGCCAAUGCUGCAUCUCAGGGUUUUUCCGUUGGAUGCCGUGUUAUUGCGCUUGUUGAUGGUCAAUACCAAAACCGUAUUCGAGUUCCUUGGACUGUCGCUUGCCCCAUGUCCCACUUCGACUUUGACACCGCUGCGUCGAUUCCGAUGGCAUUCACCACCGCGUACAUAUCUUUAUAUAACACUGCGAAACUAUGCAAUGGUCAAUCUGUCCUCAUCCAUGCAGCCAGCGGGGGUGUCGGGCAAGCGGCAAUCAUCCUCUCCCAGCACAUUGGAGUUGAAGUAUUUGCAACCGUUGGGUCGAGUGAAAAACGAAGAUUUAUCACAUCCGAGUAUGGUAUACCAGAUGAUCAUUUAUUUUCAAGUCGUGACUCAACAUUUGUUUCUAAAUUGAUGUCAAUCACGGGUGGAAAAGGCGUUGAUGUUGUCCUGAACUGCUUAUCCGGUGAGCUUCUGCAAGAAAGCUUCAACUGUCUGGCUCCAUUCGGUCAUUUUGUCGAGGUUGGGAAAUUUGACAUGGAGCACAAUCAUUACCUUGAAAUGGCCCCAUUCACUCGUGUCGCAUCUUUCUCUUCGAUUGACAUUCUCGCCCUGCUCAGGCUUGGUAGUCCAGUCAUCCACCGCACAUUGAGUGCUAUUGUCAGACUUCUAGAUCAGGGACUCAUUCACCCAGUCAAGCCAAUCACGACAUAUCCUGUCGCUGAUGUUGAAAAGGCAUUCCGCUUGAUGCAGGCAGGUAAGCACAUGGGAAAGAUUGUUCUGUCAGUUAGCGAUCGCAUAAUCAAGUAUCGCCCUCUUAAACCUUCGGUGAAGCUUCGACCAGAUGCUUCCUAUCUCAUCACCGGUGGGGCUGGCGGUAUCGGAAAAGCAGUUGCCGAAUGGCUACUGGCGCAUGGUGCCAGGAGUCUAAUUCUAAUGUCUCGAAGUGUCACCACUGGAGCAGCGUCAUUUACCAAGGAUCUCGAAGAUACACACCCUGGCUCGAAAAUCCACCUAGUGGGGUGCGACAUUUCAAAUUCUGCCGAGCUUACUUUAGCCAUCGACAAAUGUAUCGAAGAUCUUCCACCAAUAUGUGGCGUCAUACAGGCCGCAAUGGUUCUUCGGGAUUCAAUCAUUGAGAAUAUGAGCUUUGAUGAUUACAAUGCGGCCUUACUCCCAAAGGUUCAGGGAUCAUGGAACCUGCAUCAACACCUGGGUAAAGACCUGGAUUUCUUCAUUAUGCUCUCUUCCUUGGCCGGGGUCAUUGGCAACCCGAGUCAGUCCAACUAUACGGCCGGGGGCGCAUUCCAAGAUGCUCUUGCCAGAUACAGAGUGGGCAAGGGGCUCCCAGGGGUAUCUUUGGACAUUGGUGCCGUCAAGAAUGUGGGCUAUGUGGCAUCCAACAAAUCUGUGUUUGAACGGUUGGAGCGACAAGGGUAUAGACUCCUGGAAAUACAUGAGAUUCUUUCGGCGAUCGAGUCGGCUAUUCUCCAUCCGUCUCAUCAGAUCGUGGUCGGAAUCAACACUGGCGAUGCGCCCGAGUCUCACGACUCGAUACUCAGUGGAGAUGCGCGUUUCGACGCCUUGCGAUACAUACGACCAGCAAACAGCAGUACCAACACUAGGAAGUCAGGUCCAGUAUCUGAAGGUUUGUCGCAUCAACUUUCCCGUGUGUCGUCGGUGAAAGAGGCCGCGAUCGUCGUUCUGCAGGCCCUAGUCAAAAGACUAGUGGAUAUCUUCAUGAUCCCCGUUGAGGAGGUCAUCGAAUCUAAGUCGAUGGCAGACUUUGGUGUUGACUCUCUUGUUGCUGUUGAACUGCGAAACAUGCUUGCUGUGCAAGCUGGGGCGGAAAUCUCGAUUUUCGACAUUAUGCAGAGCCCAUCACUUGCAGUGCUAGCUCACACUGUUGCUGUAUCCAGCAAGUACUUGGAUUCAGUAUAG